AAGAGGAGACACUGAGCGGCGGAGGAGGUGGCGGAGGAGAAAGAAAAAAACAAACGAAACCGAGCCAGGACCUGGGUCCCGCAGCUGAACUUACGCUGCGUAAAAAAACGCAGGAAGAUCCCUCAACUCGCCGGAGUUCAGAGGCGUCGCUGCUCAGCUCCACGUUGUGAAGAGUGAGAAAGGACUCGCACGGCAUCUGGAUUUAUGCUGAAGACAUUUGCCUCUGUGCUCGCCUCGAGACUCCACACAAGAGGUGUGUCUGAUGUGACGCCAGCGGGCUGGCUCGGGGAACUGGACUUCAGUACAAUGUAGACACCAAAAAGCAGACGGAGUCAGAGUCUGAGCACCGAGCCGACAGAAGGAGGGAGAGUCCAGGGAAGAGGAACAGCAGCUGUGCCGAAGUCACAGCGGCAGAAGAUAAGAAGUUACGGAAGCAGAGAGGAAGAAGCGGGAAGCAGCGGACUGUGAAUCAUUGACGUGAACUUCUCGUGAGGAGCGCGGCCACCUACUCCUUCCUGUGAAGCAUACACUCGCUCUAACGUCUCAGCCGGAGCAGGAUCACACCCUUCACUCUCGGUUCUCUGAGGGUUUCCGACCCACAGCUUCCCACCUUUCCACCUCUCAGUGAAUCUGAACAGAGGGACACUCCAGCCACCGUCAGCAUGUGCCAUGUCAUUGUCACCUGCCGCUCCAUGCUGUGGACCCUGCUGAGUAUUGUGGCUGCGUUCGGAGAGCUCAUCGCCUUCAUGAGCACUGACUGGCUGGUGGGAUCUCCCCGCACCCCGGAUGCCGUGUUCGGCCCCCAUGGGGCCACCGCUGCCGGAGAGGCCUACAGGCCCACUUUAGGCAUCUACGGCCGCUGUAUAAAACUCCCCCACCUGCAGCGUGGGAUCCUCUGCGGGCCGUACGCGGUGCACUUUGGGGAGAUUGCCAGCGGGUUCUGGCAGGCUACUUCUAUCUUCCUGGCUGGAGGGAUCCUGCUGCUGUGUGCCGUGGCGUUCAUCUCGGUCUUCACCAUGUGCUUCCAAAGCAUCAUGAAGAAGAGCAUCUUCAAUGUGUGCGGACUGCUGCAGGGGAUCGCAGGCCUGUUUCUGAUCCUGGGUCUGAUGCUGUAUCCCGCUGGCUGGGGUUCAGACAAGGUGCAGCUGUACUGCGGCCAAGACGCGGCUCCAUACCGGGCCGGCCUCUGCUCCAUGGGCUGGGCCUUCUACACGGCCAUAGGCGGCACGGUGCUCACCUUCCUCUGCGCCAUCUUCUCUGCGCAGGCCGAGAUCGCCACCUCCAGCGACAAGGUGCAGGAGGAGAUCGAGGAGGGCAAGAGCCUGAUCUGCCUCCUCUGAGGCCUCCGGUGCUAAAGUCCUGUGGAAGAGAAGAAGAAGAAGAAGAAGAAGAAGAAGAAGAAGAAGAGGAGAGACCAUCCACACUUGCUCUCCUGCCUUUUCUGAGGCUGGCUCCUGAAAUGGAGUCCCCCAAAUUGUUUACCACUAAAACUGACUUGUUUUGUCCAUGUGUGUGUUGAUGUGGGAGAAAUCUAAGAGUGCCAAGUUCUUUUUUCCUCAAUGUGUGUCUUUGUCCUUCUGCCACUAGGGGUGCUGUGUAUGUUAUUGUAUUCAUGUGUAACCAUGUGGACGCCCAGACAGGCUUUGUCCGUCACCACAUGCUCUGUAAAUACGUGUGAUUAUAUAUAUUUUGUACAUAGUUGUGAUCACAGAAUGAUCCGAGCUGGGCUGAUGAUGUCACUCUUGCCUUAAGGAAAGGAACCACACACUGGUGUUGCCUGCAGACCACGACCAGUGAACCUGGAUCUUUUAACUGUUUGAGUAUGAACUCGAGGGAACCACUACACAGUCAGAAUAAACUACUCGCAGCAUACAAAGGCCUUUAGCUCAGAGUGGACUUCCUUAAAGCUCACAGAAUGUACUGUUAUAGGAACGAUUGAUGUUGUUUUGCAGACCCUUGAAAUGUAUCAGUGAAACUGCACGAGGACGAGCGAACCAAGCUCUGCGGUGCGUUUUGUUUCCCGUGUCGAAAUGAAAUGAAACGUAAUCCUAGCCUAAGCUAAGAGGUGGGACCUGUGAAGGGUAUCCGCCUGCUCCCCCCCCCUUCAGCGGACAUCCUGCGACCUGUGCACAAAGACAUGGACUGAGAUAGGAGGACACACGUAAAAUGAAGUAUUGCGGUUUCUAGGGAUGUCUGGUUUCAGGGAGUCUUUCGAGUCGGGGAUAUUGUCCAAACUGUUCUCAUUUGUUUCUGCCAAAUGAAUAAAGAGACCCGGGGGAGAAAAAUCAA